UUUCAACAGCAGCAACAGUUCGUCAGCGACCUCGGUAGCUUGCUAGACAAAAUAGACGAACCAAUAAAGCUCAAUAGACGCUUACGUGUAUAUUAUCCAGUGUUUUAAACUCACUUCUGUCGUCUAGUUAGUUAUCCGAUUUAAUUACAUAUUUACUGUGUUGUUGUUAUUAGACAGCUAGCGGGCUGGUUAAGUUAGCAUUAGCCUAGCUAGCUAACAUCUCCGACCAUGAGCUCACUAAGCAACUCUCCUCCUGCUAAAGAAGAGGGGGUCUGCUGGACGGAGAAAGAAUCUCUCGUCAAAGAAGAGGAGGCUGUUACAAUACAAAAACAAGUAGAGGGUGAGGUAGUUACCGUGAAAGAAGAAGAGAAAGACGUUUCAGUGAAAGAAGAGAAAGACGUUUCAGUGAAAGAAGAGAAAGACGUUUCAGUGAAAGAAGAGAAAGACGUUUCAGUGAAAGAAGAGGAAGACGUUACAGUGAAAGAAGAUGCAGACUCGUUCAGAGUGAAAGAGGAGGAGGAUGUUACAGUAAAAGAAGAGGAGAAAGAGGAGGGUGUUACAGUAAAAGAAGAGGAGAAAGAGGAGGAUGUUACAGUAAAAGAAGAGGAUGCAGUAAAAGAAGAGGAUGCAGUUUUUGGAGUGAAAGAGGAGGAGGAGGAGAUUACUAUUACAUCGAAAAAGGAGGAAAAAGAAGAGGAGGAAACUGGAUUUCUGGGACCGAUUUCCCAAAGGCAUCUUAAGGCAUCGAACGAUGAAUGUGCCCUGAUUAACACUAGAGAGAGACGUGACUAUCGUGGAUCCUCUGGUGAGCCUCAACAACCUCAUGACGCUGACAAGGCAGAGAAGAGUCUCUCCAGAUCAAGACACCCCAAGAAACAUCUGCAGAGACCCACAGGGAAGAGAAUUCACUGCUGCUCUGACUGUGGAAAGUGUUUUGUUUCUUCAGGAUGUUUAAAAUCACACCAGAGAACACACACAGGAGAGAAACCUUAUGGUUGUGAUCAAUGUGGGAGGAGAUAUGUUACUUCUAGCGGGCUGACUAAACACCAGAGAACGCACACAGGAGAGAAACCUUAUAACUGUAUUCAAUGUGGGAAGAGUUUUACUCAGUCAUCCAGCCUGAUAUUACAUCAGAGAACACACACAGGAGAGAAACCUUAUAGCUGUAUUCAAUGUGGGAAGAGUUUUACUCAGUCAUUCAGCCUGAUAUUACACCAGAGAACACACACAGGAGAGAAAUCUUAUGUCUGUGCGCAAUGCGGGAAGAGAUUCGCCUCCUCAGCAGACAUUAAAAUUCACCAGAAAAUCCACACAGGAGAGAGACCUUUUAGCUGCUCUGACUGUGGAAAGAGUUUUGUUCGCUCAGGACAAUUAAAAUCACACCAGAGAACACACACGGUAGAGAAACCUUAUAGCUGUAAUCAAUGUGGGAAGAGUUUUACUCAGUCAGGCAACCUGGUAUCACACCAGAGAAGACACACAGGAGAAAAACCUUAUAGCUGUGAUCAAUGUGGGAAGAGGUUUACUCAGUCAGGCAACCUGGUAUCACACCAGAGAACACACACAGGCAAUAAACCUUUUAGCUGUGAUGAAUGUGGAAAGAGUUUUACUACAUCUAACCAUCUUAUUGUACACCAGAGAACACACACAGGAGAGAAACCUCAUUGCUGUGAUCAAUGUGACAAGAGAUACUCUGAUAAAAGAUCACUGAUCAAACAUCAGAAAAUACAUACAUGAAGGAGUUAUUUCAUGAUAUCAAUUAAAUAAUGUCACAAUGUAGAAUGUUUUAACAUUGUAGAAGGAGUAUUUUAAUGAAUGUCACAAUGUAGAAUGUUUUAACAUUGUAGUAGGAGUGUUUUAAUGAUAUCACAAUGUAGAAUGUUUUAACAUUGUAGUAGGAGUGUUUUAAUGAUAUCACAAUGUAGAAUGUUUUAUCAUUGUAGUAGGAGUGUUUUAAUGAUGUCACAAUGUAGAACCCUAAAUGUUUUUGUCCCCUGUUCUAUUGAUUUCAACAUGAUAUGGAUAUUAGCGUCAGGGGGAAAAUCCAGGCUCUGAAUUGAAAGAGUAUUAUUUAUGUGAUUUAACAAAAAGUUACUAACAAAAAAAGGGUUGUGUUACACACACCACGUUGGCCACCAACUUAAAUCAAAAUGCAACACUUCAAAAUGUAGCUAGCUGUUUUCUACAAAUUGUCCUCUAACCAGGGAUGUACACAUUAUUCCCAGAUUCUGUGUGGUUUUUGGUCAGUCAGGUUUAACAGGACGUGUAACCCCAUAUCCCUCCUGUUGCACACUUGAUUUCAACAUGAUAUCGAGGAGUUAUGACAAAUAAGUGUUGUGUUCCUUUGUUUAGUGACCCCUACAUUUAAAUGCAUCACUCCAAAAUGUAGCUUACUGUCGUCUGCAGGUUGUCCUCUAACCAGUGAGGUAAAAGAUAUUUCCAUGUGUUUUGUUUAGUUGUGUUAGAUUCAACAGCACGAACAACCUGAUUUCCCCCCCAGUUGAUAUCAGUGAUUUAUUGCUAUUUGUCAAAACAACAGCGUUUUUGGUGCCGUUUAUAAUAAUAUGAUUAUUGUGACAGUAGUUUGUGUAUAUAGCAAAUUUUAUGUUUAGCUUUUCAAUAUAUCACAAACUGUUUCUGCAUAUUGGUUAUUGAUUUGGACACGUUAAAACUGUGUUUUGACAUUGGGGAUAUCCCACCUAGCAAAAUGUAAUUGAAAAGAAGACUAUGCCUGGCAUGAAAGUUGAAAAUAUAUCUAAAAUAUAUAAUAUUUUUCAAUGAAAACAACUUCUUUUCGAGAUACUUGCAGCCUAUACACAUGGAUGCAGUAUAAUAAAUUGGUCUAUAAUCAAUUUUAUUAACUAUCUGAUAUCACUCCAGUAUUUGACAACAUUCAAGUGCUAAUGGUCUUUAUUCCACUACUGAAGAAGCCUGACUCAAAUCACCUCAUAUUCCAAACAUUCAGCCUGACAAAAGAUACAUGUUUUAUUAUUCCAUGCCAAGUAUCUUUCAUAUAAAUCAUAACCUUCUGACCCGUUCUAUACAUCUGUUGUUGGUCGUGUAGAUUGAAAGGGGUGUAUCUUGGCUGUAACAGACCUUUGUACUUUUGUAUCAGGACUCUCAAUGAAUCAUCUGGGGGUGAUUCAACGACCAGCCAUCACUAUCGUAGAGCACUCAAUUGAUUCACUUUGUAUGUGUACGUUGUAUUGACCUACUCUCUUAUUAAGUGAAUAAAGGUUUAGUUUAAGAAUAA